GCUCAUUAUUGAUUUUCCAAACCGCUGUGAAAGUUACAGGUCAUUCUCGGAUUCAUCCGCACGGCCGGCGUCAGGAACAAACAUGAUUUCAGGCGCAGAGGGAAACUAACGGCGGAAUUUGCGUCGGAGCCGCGGCCGAUGGCUUCCAGGCAGCAGGAGGAGGGUCUGGCCGAGUACCUGAACUGCCCGAUCUGCCUGGAUCUGUUCGCCGAACCGGUAAUCUUGGAUUGCGGCCACAACUUCUGCCAGGGAUGCAUCCAGCGCUACUGGGAGGACAGCGAGGCCAGCUCCUGCCCCGAGUGCAGGGAGGUUUUCCAGGAGAGGAGGCUGCGCCCGAACCGGGCGCUGGGGAACUUGGCGGAGCGGGCUCGCAGCCUCUUCCAGCAGCAGGAGGGUAGAACCGGAGCCCAUCUAGCAAGCCGGCAGCGGAGCGAACAGGAAGCUGAAGCCAGCCCCAGGCCACGUCCCCAGGAGCCCGGGGCUGCAGAUCCGUGCCCCGGGACAGAGCAGAGGCAGCUCCCCUUCUACUGCGGGCAACACCGAGAGGAGCUGAAACUGUUCUGUGAGACAGAUAAGGAGCUGAUCUGUGUGAUGUGCCUGGACAGCAGAGAGGGUCAGAAUCACCGCUCCCACAACUUCAUGCUCAUCAGUGAAGCAGUGGAGAUGUACAAGGAAAAGCUAAAAUCCCUGUCCGACAUUCUCUGGGCCAAGUCCACGCUCCUGGAAGCUAAACUAGCGCAGAAGCACGUUUUAGAGGUUGGGGAUCAGACGAGCCAGCUGCAGGAAUUCAUUACGUCCGAGUUUGCGAAGAUGCACCAGAUCCUCAUGCGAACGGAGAAGCGGUUGGUUUUGGAGCUGAAGGAGAACGUGGAGAUUAUCUCGGACAAGCUGGAGAGAAACCUGCUGGACAUCCAGCAGAACCUGAAUAACAUCCAGGAAAAGCUGUCGAGAUCGCAGACCCAGCUGGACAAGGAAGACACCAUCGCCUUCCUAAAGGAUCAAGCUGAACAACAGAUGAGCGAGGAUUCAGGCCAGCUUCUCCUGGCUGCUGACCGCUUGCCAAUGGGAAUAUUCCGAGGACCUUUGCAGUAUACUGCCUGGAAGGAAAUGGCAGAGAGCAUCAGCCCAGUUCCGGCAUCAGUGACACUGAACCCUGAGACAGCUCACUCAUGGCUCCUCAUAUCAGAAGACCUGACCACUGUCAGAUACGCAAACAAACAGCAAGAGCUCCCUGACACCCCGGAGAGGUUCAACCCUUCACUCUGCGUGCUGGGCUCCCAAGGAUUCAUGUCAGGGAGACACUACUGGGAGGUGGUGGUGGGAGAGAGCUCCGAGUGGGACGUGGGAGUGGUGAAGGAAUCCAUCAACAGGAAAGGGGACAUCACAGCCGUUCCACAAGCUGGCUAUUGGAUCGUCUGGCUGAGGAACGGCCAUGAUUACAAGGCAGGCUCAGUGCCUCGCACCCCCCUCAAGCUCCACACCAGACCCCGCAAAAUUGGGGUCUAUCUGGACUAUGAGGGUGGCCAGGUUUCCUUCUACAAUGCAGAUGACAUGUCCCACCUCCACACUUUCACUGACCUCUUCACCGAGAAACUUUAUCCCUUCUUCAGUCCCUGCUUGAGUGGGCAUGGGGAGAGCUCAGAGCCACUGAAAAUCUGCCAGUCCAGAUUUCAUUAGGGCUGAAACACUCAAUUCCAGUCAUUUCCAAUUGAUUACUGACCUCCCCUGUCCACUUAGUGUUCAUCUUAUUCAAUCCUCCUUUCAUUGUAGCCCAGACAUGAUCCCUUUUUGGGUGAAGUUGGGCAUAGAGAGAGAAGAAGGUGGUCUUUCCAUUUGUAGUACCACAUGCCCAGUGUUCAGUUUUGCUAGGUUUGUGGGGCUGGCACCCAUAUCAGGCAGUGGGUGCUCAGUUAUUGGUGCCGUGUUAUUGCCCAUUUCCUUCAGCUGUGCUGCUCAUGAUGUUCUUGUCUAUUUUUCAUCAUUCACUCUCUUCAUGUGCUUCCAUGAUGCUUUUCUAAAGCUACUUUCCUCACUCCCUUUUCCAGGGGCAUAUGGUGUAACAUGGAUUGCAGUCAAAGUCAUCCCAGUCUGAGCCACUUUACAGAUCCAUACACUGAACUUAGACCCUUUAGCAUGUGUUAUUGGCAUUAAUUCACCAGAGCUCCUUUGUGAGCACAUUUCAGCCUCUCGAGUGGCAAAGGCAGCAGACACAUGCAACACCACCAGCAUGUUCCCCUCUAAGCCACAUACUAUCCAGGCACAGGUAUAUAUUACUGUUUCUGCACUCAUUGGGUCAAAAUCCUGGCCAUCCCUUCCCAUCAGCACUGUGGGUGUAUAUAUAAACCCAAGUGGACCACAGUGGUUCAAAAAGGUUGCUCACCACCACCUUCCUUCUCGAGUGUCGUUAGGGGUAGGUGGUAAAUGCCCACAUCCUGCGAAUGAAUAUAAAUAUCAUUGCUUUGCAAUAUCUGACCCUUAAUCUGAGACGAUACCCUGUGGUCCUAGACAUUCCCACAAUGGGAAACUACUUUUCUGCAUCGAGCUUGUCAAGUCCUCUAAGAAUUUUUCGUGUUUCAAAAUUUCACUUCUUAUUCUUGGAAACUCCAAUGUGUAUAAGACCCAACCUUCUCAAUCUUGCCACACAAGGCAAUCCAUAUAUGUCUGGUAUAAGCCUUGUGAACUUUCUCUGGACUGCCUCCAAUACAAUGAUAUCUUUACUUAAAUAAGACACCCAAAGUUGUCAUAGUAUUCCAGCUGUGGUCUGACUAGUGCCUUAUAUAGUGUUAGCAAGACCUCCUUAGCUUUAGCAAUAAAGUUAAGCAUUCCACCAGGCCUUCCCUAAUAUCUCCAGAACCUGGAUGUUAUCUUUUUGUGAUUCAGGGAACAGGACUCUCAAAUUCUUGUGUGCUGUAGCCUUCCUCAGUCUUUCUCCACUUAAAUAAAAUUCAGCUCCUCUGCUCUUCCUGCCAAAAUGCAUAACCUCAUAUUUUCUCACAUUAUAUUCCGUAUGCCAAGUUUUGCCCACUUACUUAACCUGUCUACAUCCCUCUGUAGACUCCUUGUCAUUCUCACCCACUUGCCUUUGAAACCACCUCCCCCCACCCCAGCCAUGUUUGUGUCAUCUGCAAAUUUGGCAAUGGUGCAUUCACUUUCAUCACUCAAGUCAAUAUAUAUCAAUAAUCAUGGCACUAGCAUUAAUCCCUGUGGAAUAGCAGGUUGCCAUCCUGAAAAUGCCCCUUUAUCCUAACUUCUCUCUUUAGUGAGUAAGCCAAUCCUCUAUCGAUGCUAAUAUAGCACCCCAGUACUGUGGGCUCUUAUUUUAUGAAGUAGCCUAAAGUGUAACAGCUUUACAAAUGUUUGCUGAAAAUCCAAACAUAUUCCAUCUGCUACUUCCCCUUUAUCUUGAUUGUUUGCUACCUCCUCAAUGAAUUCUAAUCGAAUUGUAAGGUAUGUUUCCCCUUUGCAAGACUGCACUGACUCAGCUUGAUCAUAUCACGUAUUUCUAAAAGGCCUGUUAUUGACUCCUUUCUAACAGAAUUGAACGAUCGACAUUUAGCUAACUGGUAUUUUUUUUCCUUUCCCUUUUAAAAUAAAGGUGUUACAUUGGCAGUUUUCCAAUCCUCUGGAACUUUAUCAAAAUCUAAGAAUUCCUAGAAGAUUGCUAUCAAUGUAUCAAUUAUCUUUGUGGCUAUUUCCCAUCCCAACCUCCGAUGCAUGCAGUCAGGUGCAGGGCACUUGUCAGGCCUUGCUUCCUUUAGUUUCCCUUGGGUUUUUUUUGUCUAGUGCUAGUAAUUGCAUUUAUUCCCUCACCUCUUUUUGCUCCCUGAAUAUUUAGUCAUUAGCUAAUGGUGUCUUUUACUGUAAAGGUGUUAAGUGUUUAUUCAACUCCUCUGCCAUGCCCUGCUUCCCUGUUAUUAUUUCUCCAGUUCCAAUUGUUUGGAUACUCCAUCCUCACAUAAAAUUAUUGGCUUUUGCAGCAGAUCCUCUCUCCUCCCAUUUGAAGAAUAGUUCACACUCUCAAAGAGGUCAAGUGUGAUAUUUUAAGGGCACUCUUGCAAGACUUCAGAAACCGCUUCCUCUAAGUGACUCCUGUUCUCUCUGCCUAAAGAGCUGGGGGCCCAGGUUUGUCUUGCUUGGUCACCUGCCACCAGACGAAUUGUGACUCCUGGGACUUGGACUUUGUUGGAUCUAAUACCAAUGCUGAUGAAUGGGCAGCAAACAGAUGCCUUUCUGCUCAUGUGCACACAUAAGCUGUGGAUACAGAGAGAGAAUAGCUGUGCUGUCCAGCUUGCAUCAUUCACUCACGUUAUAACUGAGUGUGGUCCCCAGCACUUCCUAUCCAUCAACAGCCAGCCAACUUCUGGGAGAAAAGCAGUAUUGCAGACAAUAGACUGAGAUACCAUCAAUGCAGCACUGAUCAUUAGCCACUUCCACCCAACUGCAACUGUGCAACCAUACGCAGGGUGAGAUAUGUCAGGCUAGAAGUGGAAAUGGAGGAAUGAGUGGAAGAGUCAGUGGAAGUGUUGUUGCUGUGAGAAGUGGAGGCACAGCAUCUGGAGGAAGCUUCCACAUUCUUUAAGAGACCCAAGGAAGCAAUAGCUUGUGAUGGAUGCUCAGUACAUCAACCAAGCGAGCCCAUUGGAUAGAAAGGUGCAGUUGAAUGACUGGCUUUCUGAAGGCAAAGAGAGAUGGGUAGACAAUGCUGACCUUAACAAUGACAAAAGAACAAGCCUUGAGGCCACAACAGUUUAUUUUGAAAAGCAUCAAGGCAUGUGGGUAUAAGCAGGAAAGUGAAGUUGAAAUGAAAUGGUCAAUUUGUGAUGGAAAGCAGGCACAUGGGGCUGAAUGGCCAUCUCCUGCUCUGAUAGUUUCUGUUCAAAAUUGUCUUCAGUAUAAGCUACAUUUGCAACAAUUUAUUGUAUCACAUGAAUAGGGAUAACAAUUGAAUUGUGUAUCUCAAGGCCAUCAUAAGUGCAGAAUCAGUGUUGAACAUUGUGAUUAUUUUCUGCAGAUCUGACAAUCUCCUAGUGCCAUAAAAAAAUCAUUACAAUUCACACGAUGCCACUAAAAUCAUAAAAAAUUAGCGUUUUUAAAAAAUAGGCUCAAACAUGUUAACCUCAGUUAAUUUGCAUGCUUUCUAUUUCAAAGUGUAUUGCAGUAAUUACAGAGGUAUCUCAAAGGCUGAUGCAAUUCCAAUUGAAAUUAAAUCUCAAACAUUGCUCAGGUCACACAUCACCAGCACAA